AUGGGUCUUGUGGAGACAUUUAGGGUUUCAGCGCCCGUGCUCCUCAGCUUUGCGGGUGGAAUUUGGUUCAUCUACCUCGUGGCAAGCACAUAUUUGAGUUAUCGAAGGUUGCAACAUAUCAAGGGGCCUUGGCUGGCAUCGAUUUCUCCGCUAUGGAUGUUCUACUACACAUGCCGAGGAACCCUUUAUCUUGCUGUUGAGGAUGCAUUGAAGAAAUAUGGAUCGCCUGUGCGAAUAGGUCCGACGUAUAUCGCUACCGAUGAUCCGGCUCUCCAAAGGCUUAUGGCCGCUCCAAGGUCACCGUUUGUCAAAGGGCACUGGUUCAAAGGCAUGAAAUUCGACCCACGUCUAGAUAAUUUACUAUCAAUGAGCGAUGAGAAGGCCCACACUGAACUCAGAGCAAAGCUGAUGCCUGGGUACACUGGCAAGGAAGUACCCAUGCUUGAAAGUGAUGUCGAUGCUCGAGUGACGGAGCUUCUCGACCUUAUCCAUCGGGACUAUGUGGAAAAGAACGAGGCAAUGGAUUUUGCCGUGCUGGCUGGGUAUUUUACUCUUGAUAUUCUGACACAGAUCGCUUUUGGACAGGCCUUGGGAUUUCUGAUCAAGAAUGAAGACCUUUACGACUACCACAAAUCGUCGGCAGCAUUUUAUCCCGUCAUGGAGUUAGGGUCGAACCAUCCGACCAUUCUUUCAAUUCUGAACAGCAGAGUCAUGCAGGGCGCAGCACCCAAGCCGACUGACAAGAUCGGAUUUGGGGCCAUUGUUGGAGUGGCCCAUAAAGCAGUGGCCGCGAGAUUUGGCUCUGAUGCAAAGAAAAUCCCAGACAUGCUGGGUUCCUUCAUCGAUCAUGGUCUCACCCAGCAGGAAUGCGAGGUGGAAUCCCUACUGCAGAUUCUAGCUGGCGCGGACUCGACUGCCACUGCCCUUCGAACAACCUUCCUCUACAUCUUGACCAGUCCACCCGCAUAUGCCAAACUACGCAGUGAGAUAACGGCAGCUAUUGAACAAGGCAACAUCUCCUUUCCAGUGAUCAAGAACACCGAAGCGCAGAACCUUCCCUAUCUGCAAGCUUGUAUUCAGGAAGGACUGCGCAUGUUUAUGCCACUACAAGGACUGGCAGGUCGUGUUUCACCGUCUCCUGACGGCGUGACGUUCGACGGCGUUUUCAUCCCUCCCGGAACGGAAAUCGGAAUCUCCACAUAUGCCAUGGGGCACCGCCGUGAUAUUUAUGGGCCAGACGCAGACACUUUCCGACCGGAACGAUGGAUUGAGAACGAUUCGGAAACAGUCAAGAAAUUUGAGAGAACAAACGAGUUAGUCUUCGGGUUUGGUAGGUCGAGCUGCUUGGGUAAGGGUAUUGCUAUGAUGGAACUGGGCAAGGCUAUUUUUGAACUGUUGCGCCAUCACGACUUUACCGUGGUCAACCCAUUCAAUGCCAUGAACGUCCGUUCGAAUUCUGUUGUUGUUCAGACAGACUUCCAUGUGCGGGCGUGGCCUAGAAAGCAAGACUAG